CGCAGAGCGCAUGUCUGAUUUUGUAGUAGUUUUUAUAGCUCCUAACGCCGUAUCGAGAGUGAGCGACUUUAAACAACAUUACCCUUGACUGUAAUAAACAAACACAACUUGCCAACAUUAUUUAACGGCAAAUAGUCUAAAGUAGGCUAGGGCUUGAAGAGUUUUCCAGUCACUUCUGACUAAACUGAAGUUUUCGACAGAUUCUACAAUGGACUGUACUGUGGAUCAUUACACAACAGGCAUGCUGCUCAGUGCUGCAGGAGAUGCUCUGGGAUACAGGAAUCAGCUGUGGGAAUACAACCAAUCUGGCCCUGCCAUCCACCAGGAGCUACAAGAGCUUGGAGGGCUGAAAAACAUCAAGGUGGAGCUUCCUGAUUGGCCAGUUAGUGAUGAUACAGUACUUCACUUGGCAACUGCUGAGGCUCUAGCAACAGCAAAAGAUGGUGAGGAGUUGCUGCAUGAGGUUGCCUUCCGCUAUGUGGAGGGAAUGAAGGACAUGGAAGGGAGGAAGCCAGGACCAUCAAGCAUUUUAGGUAUUUCACAGUUGCGGCCGGGCACUGAAGGGGGUUAUAGAGUACCUUAUAACCCAGAAGCCACAGGUUGUGGGGCAGCUAUGAGGUCCAUGUGCAUAGGCCUUAGAUAUCCUCAUCCUUGUCAGCUGUCCUCACUAGUUGGAGUUGCUGUGGAGACUGGAAGAAUGACUCAUUCUCAUCCAAUUGGUUUCCUUGGAGCAGUGGCGUCAGCAUUAUUCACUGCCUAUGCAGUCCAGCGCAGACCAAUCACAACCUGGGGUCUGGGUCUGUUGGAGGAAGCUUGUCCUGUCGCAAAAACCUUUGUCCAGUCUACAGGAUACGCUGUUACUGAAACUGAGAGAGACUGGGACUACUUUACUGAAAAAUGGAAAUGGAGAACGCAGACUGGUAGACGAGCAACAGAAAAUCCGCCGCGAGGGCUGGAGCCGACGAGAAGACUGCACAGAUUACAGGGGCGCAAGGAUCCGUCCUUCUUCUUUACGAAGAAAAACUCUGCUUCAGCCAGAGAGGUAGACGGGACUGUGGUUCCUGCUGCGAGUGAUUCGGUAAGAUAUUUCUUGGGUGCUUUGCGUUCAGGAGCAGACAAAGAAUAGAGCUUACCAUGGGGAGGAGUAAUCCCUAGAAUGAGAUCGAUGCUGCAGUCAUGCGAAGGGAGAGAGGCGGCCCGGGAGCGGCUAAACACCAAUUGCAGAUCGUGGUACUCCUCUGGAACACCAGAUAAAUCUCUGGGCUCCUCCUGUAACACAGAAACAGACACAGUAGGUACAGCAGAAAUGAGGCAUUUGACAUGACAAGGUACACUCCAUGAUAAUAUUGUCCCCUUGGACCAGUCUAUGUGUGGGUUAUGUUGGAUAAGCCAGGGAUGACCCAAUACUAAGGGAGUGAAAGGACAGUGAAAUAACUUGAAUGUAAUUGUCUCUUUGUGAUUGCCAGAGACGGUGAGAUUCACAGAAAGAUCUGUUGAGAGGUCGUCCAUCGAGGGAGUCCAUGGUGAGAGGAGGGUUGAGUAUCUGAAAAGGUACCUUAAUGUCUUUGGCCCAUUUCUCAUCCAGAAAUUUCCCCUCUGCACCAGAAUCGACGAAUGCCGUGCAGAAAAUGGAUGAAUCCAUAGUGUGUAACGUGACGUUCAGCGAUGAACGGGGAAGAAGUUGAUGCCCUCGCCAGUACUCCCCUAUCUACUGAUGAGCCAGGUCUUUUACUGAGCGUCUUUGGGCGAGAUGUCCAGCGCCUACACAGUACAUACAUAAUCUCGCCGUGAUGCUGUCUCUCCGCGUGUGAGAGACGCAUAGCACCCAGUUGCAUGGGCUUCGCGUCGGAGAAAGACAUCAGUGGUGAAGGACCCGGACAAGGAAGAGUAAAAGUAGGAGAUGAGCUGUGGAAACAUUUGCGUUGAUCGAGGCGUCUGUCCACUCAGUGAGCCAAUUCCACUAAUGGGUCGAAAUGGGUGGGGAGAUUGUGAGCCAGCAGCUCGUCCUUAACCUCGACGUUGAGACCAUCCAGACAACGGGCUGCGAGAGCGGGCUCGUUCGAGUCGCAGGUGGCUGCCAGAGUGCGGAACUCAAUUGCAUAGUCGGCUGCUGAUCUUCUUCCCUGGCGAAGAGUGGAGAGGCGACGUGAAGCCUCGCAUCCAUGGACUGAUCGAUCGAACACCUUUAUCAUCUCCUGCUUGAAACUGGGGAAGUGAUAACAACAAUCAGACUUGGCCUCCCACUAUCUCCCCUGUCUCUGGCUUGCCCGGUUAGCAGGGAAAUAACAGACGCCACUCUGGCGCGAUCAUUAGAGUAGGUGUUGGGUUGGCCACCUCGCACUAAGUCAAGAAGGACCGAUACUCAGUGGACUGACCUGAGUAGUGCGGGGGAUUGUUGAUCUAUGGCUCCGGUGGUGGAUGGGAGUCAGGUGCGGAGUGGACUCGUGACGCAGGCUUUCUAGCUGAGCAGUGAGCUCGGUGACUGGAGCGGAUAAGCUCUCAACUGCGUGUCUCGCAGUUGCCAGCUCCUCCUCAUGCCGGCCCAGCAUAAUGCCCUGCAACUCCAUAGCAGAGCGAAUAGGAGAAUCCCUAGACUGUUUCAUCCGGUAUGUGUGGCCAGAUUAUUCUGUCAGGCUCGGACAGAAAAACAGAGAGGUUGCAGUUCAAAUAAAGAGAGUUUAUUCAGUAUAAUGAUGAACAAAGGCAGAUGCCGUUCUUUAACCACCCAUGGGAGAACGCAGACUGGUAGAUAAGCAAAGGAAAAUCUGCCUCGGCUCAAUCGGUUUCAACAGCGAGAAGACUGCGCAGAUCACAGGAAAGAAAAAUAAAGUUAAAUAAGAAAUCAGGUAACUCGAUUAGACUAGACUGGAAUUAAAGUAAGGUCUUCUUCAAAUGAGAGAAUGUCCGUAAGCUUUAAUGAACACAAUAAUUUGGCAAAUGUGACAAGACAGGGCAGGUAUAAGUAGAGAGGUGAAAUGGAUCAAAUAGAAACAGGUGAGUAAUGCAUGCGCAUCAGUGCUGAUUGUAAGAGGGAACAACUAAAGUGAACAACAGAGAAGAUAUGAUCAAACCUGACUCAUGACAGUAUGAAGCAGCCAUAGCCAGUUUCAAAAAUCUAAAAUUCUUUUUUCCUUUUUUUUUUGCCUCCAAUACAACACUUAAGAUUAUCAAGAAAGAAGGUUAAAUCCAUCUCUGGAGCACACAUAAGCACAUCAUAAGCACACUAGUAGUCUUCCUCAAUGGUCUACUUGAACUCUUCCUGUGCCUGUGUUUUUGCUUCCACAACCGCCUGGAUUCCAGCACCGUUGACUCCUCAGUACCCAUCAGUUGCCUCAGGAGUCCCACAAGCCAGCCAUGCCUGGUAGGAAACCUUCUUUAGCUUGACAGCAUCCCUUACCACCACAGGCACCACAGGCCUUGCAUCGACAGUUCCUCAUGGCUGCAUCAACAAUGGAGUUGGAGAACAUGGACCACUCAGACUCAGUGUCUCUAGCCUCCCUCGGAAUCUAUUUAAAGUUUUUCUGAAGGUGAGAGUUGGAAAGCCCUCUGACAUCUGGUUCAGCAAGAUGUUCCCAGAUAACCCUCACAAAGCGUUUAGGCCUGUUGGUCUGUCUGGCCUCCUCCUUUGCCAGUAGAUCCAACUCACCACCAGGUAGUGAACAGUUGACAGCUCUGCCUCUUUUUUUUGUCCAAGUGUCCAAGAAAUACAGCUGGAGAUUAUAUGAAACAACCACAAAAUCAAUCAUCAACCUCCGGCCUAGGGUGUUCUGGUGUCAUGUGCAGUGAUGGACCUCCUUCUGCUUAAACAUGGUGUUUGUUAUGGACAAACUAUGACUAGCACAGAAAUCCAAGUCCUUACUCCAGGGUAGGGCCCGUACUGCAACAUCUCAGGCUACGUAAUGGUCCUUCAUUUCAUUAGACUCAUAAGGUUUUUUGGACCCCACUUAGUGUGACCUGUCAACUGAACCUUUUUACUUUUGGAGACCCUAUCAGGGGCAUUUAGCAUUUAACAGGGUUGUUCUUAGUCUAUUAAUAAGUUAUGGGUGAGGCUCAUCUCCCAUUCCCUUUAAGAGUCAGUUGUGUCCCACCAUGGCGCAUUUGCUAUUUACAUGGCAGACUUUGUAAGUGGAAAAACUGAAUGCUUCACUAGCAAGAAAACAGUUAAGCAGAGCAUCUGCAGUGCAAGGAUAAAGAAUGAGCCUCCUCCAAUCAGCCUUUACUUCCACUUUCUUUUUCUCUCUUUCGUGGAUAAGGCACUCCACUGAAGACAUCCAUUAGCCUACAUAAUUAAUUUUGUUUAAGCGCACAAAACUAUUUCUAAAUUCAGUUCUAAUUUCCGGCAAACAAAUAAAUGAGCAAUAAUAACGAAGUGUGGUCAAAAAAACUGAAUUAUAUCCAAACACCCGUGCAAUGCCCCAUAUGGUCCAAAACCUGACAGGUGAACAAAUCUAAGCUUAUUUGUAAUAAAGCAAAUAUAAAUAUGCUAAUAAUAAAUAAUACUACUAAUAAUAAAAAUAACAUUAUACAAAAGCCAGUUGUCAUGAAUAAGUUGAAAAAAGCUCCCGAGAUGAAGAUGGCAUGGAGGCAGUGGUUUUAUAUUUAUGUAAAUAAUAAUUUUGUAAUAUUUUAUCUUUUAAUUGUUUUUCAUUUGUAAAGAUAUUUGUGUAUUGCUGUACAUUCUGUGUGUAUUAAGCAAUGUGUAAGCGAGGCGCACAACUGACGCGAUCUGUGCUGGACUUUAGACCUGCUUUCAGCUGGCCUAUUGCACAGUCUGUUUUAGUCUACAAAGAGUCUACAAAGUGGCGCAAAUGGAUUUGCUGUUAAAGGGCACAUAGUUUGCCCCUUUUUUAUGAUUUAAUAUUAAUAUUAUGGUUCAAUAUUAACAAUAUUGUGUCACUUCCUACUACUUCUGUUAUACCAGUGUUUUCGAAUGAGGAUUGUAAUCGCUUUCUGUUUCAUUUUGUCAACAAUGUGAAUACUGUCAGAGCAAGCAUUGUGCCAUCAGCUGCCCCUUAUAGUGUUUCAAAUCACAGCCCUCCAAUUCUGGACUCUUUUUCCCAUUACACUAAAUGAUUUAAUUGAGUUAAUGGGUGUGAUGAAGUUAUCCUAAAGCCCAGCAGAUAUUUUGCCUGAGAGAGAGGAAUAUGGGGCGGCUUGUGUCAAGAAAUUUGAUUGAUGACGGCCACGCCCCUUUUAGGCGGGACUUCCGGUUUAAGCCCCGCCCCUUUUUAAUAUACAUUUAAUAAUUCCGGUAAUUAGAUUCUUAUCAGUUUAAUUAAAAUAAUAAUUCCGGUAAAUAGAUUCUUAUCAGUUUAAUUAAAUGAAUAAUUCCGGUAAUUAAAUU